CACUCGUUUUGUGAUUUACCUUUCAUUUUGGAAAUGCGACACUGCACCCUUGCCCUACUUGUGUAUGCAGUGGGUUAUGUCCAAUCUUUAGUUAACGUUAACGUCCCAUCAACACUUUACUACAAGGUAAAUGAUACAGCAUUCAUCGGUUUGCCAGUGUCGGCAAACUAUAGGAGAACGUAUUUUAAAGCGUUUGAGCCUGAAGGUGGUGAACAGAUAUACAGAGUUUGUAAUGGGAAAAACAAGAAAACUUGCGGUUUUUGGGAAGAUGUGAAGACAAAGAAGAAAGUUGCUUCGGGAGUCACCACAUACAAUAAGAAGAAGAAAGCUCUGGUUAUCAAAAAAAUGAAGGCCUCUGAUUUUGGAAACUAUAUGAUUGGAAACAAAAAGAAGUCCAGAUACGUAAUAGAAAAAAUAAGCCCAAUUCCAAUUUAGAGAAUAAAGACUAUUCCGGAAUAAAAGUUGAUUUCAUUA